AUGUCUGCUAAUUUUUCGGCCCAGCAUUCCAGCAAUCCAUUGCUCAUCCUUACUUGUCAGCAGGGUUCUCACCCCUUUCAGGAACGAAGAGUUGUUGUUAAUCAAAUAAUUAAGGUCGGACGAGCAGUGGCUCGUGUCAAGCCUUCACCUAAUAACGCCAUCUUUGAUUGCAAAGUCCUUUCGAGAAGCCACGCCUUGAUAUGGUUUGAAAAUGGUCAGGUAACACUCUUCGCCAAUCCAUCCCUCAGUUUUGGCUUCGAGAUACAAACAGUAGCAAUGGAACAUUCGUCAAUAACACAAGGAUUGUUAAAAGAUCCGAAGAUGAGUUUGCUGACAGAGAAAUCUUUUCCGGGGAUCUGA